GGAGGGGGGAGCUUGCGAAAAUCCCCGGGAGACCGGCACGGCAUCGGGGAGCAGCCCCCGGCAAUGAGCACCCCCCGUGCCCGGGUUCGCAGUGUGCGUGGGGAUCGGUUCUGGAGCGCUGCUGGAAAGAGGAUGAGUGAAUCCAGCGCCAAAUCCAGCCAGCCCCUUGCUUCCAAGGGGGAGAAGGACGUGUCGGAGAAGAGGGGGAGGGGGCGACCCAGGAAGAAGCCACAGGAGCCCAGCGAGGCCCCGACCCCCAAAAGACGCGGACGGCCAAGGGCAAGCAAGAACAAGGCCACCCCAAGGGCAGGAAAGCUGCAGUCACCACCGGGGAGAAAACCUCGAGGAAGACCCAAAAAAUCGCAACAGGAUGAGGAGGAGGUGAACAUUUCCCAGGAAUCAUCUGAAGAGGAGCAGUGAAACUCCCGGACCGGCGCUACCUCACCCGUGGCCAGGGUGGGGGGGAUGGGGAGAAGCCCCCCCCCCCCUCUCCCCAC